CUGCUGUUGGUGCGCUGGCAGCUGCUUAUGGCGCGCUGGCAGCUCCUGUUAGCUGGCGCGCUAGGGGCUGUUGGUGGCGCACUAGGGGCUGUUGCUGGCGCGCUAGGGGCUGUUGGUGGCGCGCUAGGGGCUGUUGCUGGCGCGCUAGGGGCUGUUGGUGGCGCGCUAGGGGCUGUUGGUGGCGCGCUAGGGGCUGUUGCUGGCGCGCUAGGGGCUGUUGGUGGCGCGCUAGGGGCUGUUGCUGGCGCGCUAGGGGCUGUUGGUGGCGCGCUAGGGGCUGUUGGUGGCGCGCUAGGGGCUGUUGCUGGCGCGCUAGGGGCUGUUGGUGGCGCGCUAGGGGCUGUUGGUGGCGCGCUAGGGGCUGUUGCUGGCGCGCUAGGGUCUGUUGCUGGCGCGCUAGUGGCUGUUGCUGGCGCGCUAGGGGCUGCCUGA